AAAUUUCAUCUGGGUUUUAUUUUUUCUUUUGUGGGUACUUUUUAUUUUCUUUCUUUGUCAAUUAUUAAUUUCCCUUUAUUGGAACUCACCCUACAUAUUACACAAGCAUGUGCCAAUUGGGUCAUUUUGUUUUUCUGAAAAAUUUCACCUUUUCUUUAUGUUAUAUUUGAAGUACUCUUGUACCAUACCAUAUCAUAAAAUAACAAUUUUGAUUGUGAAAAUUUAAAAAAUCAAUCUUUUUAUUAUUUAAAGUAGGAAGAAGAACAGGAAGUAGAAGAAAAAGUAACCCUUAUUUUUUAGAUUUUAUAAAAUAUUUUAAGCAGUGUCAUUUUCUCAUCGCUUAUUCAUAGUGGAUUUACACGUCCUGGGUUUCUUUUUCCUCUUUGUUUUUGAAUUAGGUCCCCCCAAAAGAUUGAAUCUUUGCUGCUCUUUGUUCUUGUGAAACCCAAAAAAAAAAAGUGAAGAAUUUUGAUUUUUGAGGGCACAAUUUUUUUCUGGGCAAAAUCACAAAAGCAAGUUCAAGAAAUGAAGCACUAGGGUUUUGGUGAAUGGUGAGUUUUCUGGGUACUUCUGAAAUAGAUUUUGGCUACAAAUUGUGAAGGUAAUUUUCUUUCUCAUGUCAUAAGGGGGUUAUUUUACCCCCCUUAUUUUAAGGUAUAAUUAUACAGUUGAAAGAAGAGAUUUUGCAUGUUAUUGGGUGCUAUUUGAGCUUGGAUUGGCAUCUGGGUGAGUAUAAUAUUUUGGUGUUAAGUGUUAAUCAAAAUGGUAAUUUUGUUUAGAUGUGGAAUUAGUCAUAUGGGUUUUGUUUGAUUGACUGAUUUUGAUGAGUAAACUUGGUUUUGAGUGGGAGAAAGGACUGUAUAGUUACUUUUUGCUGUAAUUCUAACUAGUGUUUGGUGGAAUUGGCUAGUUUUAGAGUUUGGUUGUUUUUUGUUAUUGAUUAGCUUCCAAGAGGUUGGAAUCUACUAUUUUGUGCUUAAGUGAGCAAUGUUUAAGCAAAUACUUAGUAAGAUUCCCCGGAAAUCCUCAAAAUCGUCCGAAAAUCGAGAACAUAAAAGUGUUUCUGGUGCUGGUUCAAAUGCAUCCAGCAGUGUCAGGAAGAGUGAUGUAGGGUCUAACAAGUCUAGUAAUCAGCACAAUCUGGGUGCUAAUGGAGCUUCAAGUGCAGGGCAGAAUCAAGGGAAGAAGGUAUCUAGAACUGUGGAUUCAAUGAUGAAUGGGCUUAUGUUGUCUUCUUAUGAAGCAUUGCCAAGUUUUAGGGAUGUUCCAAGCUCAGAGAAGCAGAGUUUGUUUAUCAGAAAGUUACACAUGUGCUGUGUUCUGUUUGAUUUCCAUGAUCCAACAAAGAAUCUGAGAGAAAAGGAGGUAAAGAGACAGACAUUGUUAGAACUGGUAGAUUAUAUCUCUUCGGCGAAUGGGAAGUUUUCAGAAAAUGUAAUGCAGGAUAUCAUAAAGAUGGUCUCUGUGAACUUGUUUAGGUCUCUUGCCACUCAGCCAAGAGAGAACAAAGUUAUAGAGGCUUUUGAUGUUGAAGAUGAGGAGCCGUUAAUGGAUGCAUCAUGGCCUCAUUUGCAGAUAGUGUAUGAGUUCUUGUUGAGAUUUGUGGCAUCUCCUGAGACUGAUGCUAAAUUAGCCAAGAGGUAUGUUGAUCAUUCCUUUGUGUUGAAGUUGUUAGAUCUAUUUGAUUCUGAAGAUCCUCGGGAAAGAGAAUAUCUGAAGACAAUUCUUCAUCGCAUAUAUGGAAAGUUUAUGGUACACCGCCCAUAUAUCAGGAAGGCAAUUAACAAUAUAUUUUAUCAGUUUAUGUUUGAGACUGAGAAACACAAUGGGAUUGCUGAACUUCUGGAGAUACUUGGUAGCAUCAUUAACGGUUUUGCUCUGCCAUUGAAAGAGGAGCACAAGCUCUUUCUUGUUAGGGCACUAAUACCUCUCCAUAAACCGAGGUGCUUGCCUAUGUAUCACCAACAAUUAUCUUACUGCAUUACGCAGUUUGUUGAGAAAGAUUGCAAGCUUGCUGAUUCUGUAAUUAGAGGUCUAUUGAAGUAUUGGCCAAUCACCAAUAGUUCAAAAGAAGUGAUGUUCUUGAGUGAGUUGGAAGAAGUCUUGGAAGCAACGCAACUGCCAGAAUUCCAACGAUGUGUGGUGCCUUUGUUUCGUCAAAUUGCCCGCUGCUUGAACAGUUCGCAUUUCCAGGUUGCAGAGAGAUCUUUGUUCCUCUGGAACAAUGAUCACAUUGAAAAUUUGAUCAAACAAAACUGCAAAGUUAUUCUACCUAUUGUCUUCCCUGCAUUGGAGAAGAAUGCAAGAAAUCACUGGAACCAGGCCGUUCACAGCCUGACUCUCAACGUGCGUAAGAUUUUCUCCGAUCUCGAUCCCGAGCUUUUCGAGGAGUGUUUACUCAAGUUCCAGGAAGAUGAAUCUAAGGAAGAUGAAGUACGAGCAAAACGUGAAGCAACUUGGAAAAGAUUAGAAGAAAUUGCUGCUGAAAAAGCAAAAACUGCUGAACCUGUGCUUGUCCCCCUCAUUUUACCAGCUCGUACCACUUCCGGUCUUUAAGCUAAAGAUCGAUCUUUGUCAUAAUUUGGGUGGGCGCCCCGGAUUUUUUUGGACGCGUAUUUCAUUAACUGAUGAUGAUAACAGAGUUCUGGAGGUGGAGUUUCUUGGGUGUUCAUUGAUUUCCUUUGUUAGUACCCUCCUUUAUUCCUGGCCAAAAGUCAGAGAGGAAACAAAGAAAACACGUUAGCCAAUGUUUGUAGUCUAUGUUCUUAUUUCUAAAACUAUGUAGUUAGAUUUACCUAGGGUUUAAAGUAUGGGUAGAUAUAUUAAUUCAAAAGAUUAAGGGAAUGCAUAAGAUUUAGAAUUUUCUGCAAUUUGCAGCAGUUGGAACUUUGUACAGUUGUGAUAUUCCUGGUUUGGAUUUAUAUAAUUAUGGCUAGUUUGAAA